AUGGGCGGAUCGCCGCCUUGUGGUGACUCGGUUCGAGCCGUUAAAGAUUACAAACGUCAAGCAACCACCUCUCAGAAGUGGCCUUCUCCGGUCGAAAAUGAUCGCCAGAUCACUUUUUCGGCACUAGACACCAAGGGUGUCCACAUGCCACAUAACGAUCCCCUCCUCGUCGACCUCGACAUCGGCGAAUGUCUGGUCGCAAAAGUCCUUAUUGAUACCGGCAGCUCAGUCGAUCUCAUAUUUCGCGACACACUCGACAGAAUGGGAGUUGAUUUAAAAGAUAUGAAGCCUUCCUCUCGCACGCUCACCGGCUUCAACGGAGCCUCGGAGCAAAUGAUAGGGACAAUUCGCCUUCCAGUUUACGCAGGCGGUAUAACCCGCACCGUCAAGUUCUCCGUCAUCCGCGCCAAAGCGCCCUACAAUGCCAUACUCGGAACACCGUGGCUGCAUUCCAUGAAAGCCAUCCCUUCGACUUAUCAUCAGUGCAUCAAGUUUCCGGGAAAAGAUGGUAAAACUCAGACGAUUCGGGGCGAUCAACAAGCCGCGAGAGAACUACUGAUCGCAACUGUAAAGAUGCAGCAGCAAGCUUCCCUUGUCAACUCCGUCAGUAAACCACUCAACAAGAUAUACCCUCAGAAGGAGGAGGUUCGCGAAGUCGUACUUGAUGAAUCCGACCCGACGAAAACUAUCCGAGUUGGCGUCUAUCUGUCCGACGACGUAUGUUCACAAAUCAUCUCUUUCAUCAAAGACAACGCCUCGACGUUUGCCUGGAAGACUUCCGACAUGAAGGGGAUCGACCCCGCAGUUACCUCUCAUGAACUGCACGUCGAUCCAACGUUCAAACCCAUCCGACAGAAACGACGAAAACUCGGUCCAGAAUGA